UGCAUGGAGCAACUCAUGUGUCAGUUAAUUCGAGAAAUUCGGAAGUUCAACUGCAUAGUUGGAGAGCAGUCGUGCUGCCUUACCGGUUCUGACAGGCUAAAUAUAUUCCUAGAUUUGUCGUGGAAAUUACAUCUCUCCAACGAAAUAAGAUAUCUAUACCUGGUCCUCGCUAAAAUCUCAACAGUUUGGAUUUGAUCAUUGCGGCCUCCAUUUUAAAGCCAACUAGCUUGCUACCAGAAUUGUCAAAAAUGUUAAGUGUUGCAAGAACAGCUUCAAGGUCUCUCCCCUCUCCGAACUGCUCAAGAAGCGUGUCCUCCUUGAUAAAGAAGGCUUGCUGGAAUGGAUUCCAACAAGAUGCUUUCAGAGCGAUGUCCAGACGUGACUAUGCAUCGGAGGCGAUCAAAGGAUCCGUGAUUGGAAUUGACCUGGGAACUACAAACUCCUGUGUGGCAGUCAUGGAGGGCAAACAAGCAAAGGUACUGGAGAAUGCAGAGGGAGCAAGGACAACUCCUUCAGUGGUGGCCUUCACAGCUGAUGGGGAGAGACUGGUGGGCAUGCCAGCUAAAAGACAGGCAGUCACCAACCCUAACAACACCCUCUAUGCCACCAAGCGUCUCAUCGGUCGCCGUUACGAUGACGCAGAGGUUCAGAAGGACCUGAAGAACGUGCCCUACAAAAUUGUCCGUGCUUCCAAUGGUGAUGCCUGGGUGGAGGCCCACGGAAAGCUAUACUCCCCCAGCCAGGUCGGUGCCUUUGUGCUGAUGAAGAUGAAGGAGACGGCAGAGAACUACAUGGGUCACAAUGUGAAGAAUGCCGUUGUUACCGUGCCAGCCUACUUCAAUGACUCCCAGAGACAGGCCACAAAGGAUGCUGGUCAGAUUGCUGGGCUGAAUGUGCUGCGAGUCAUCAAUGAGCCCACUGCUGCUGCUCUGGCCUAUGGUUUGGACAAGACUCAGGACAGAAUCAUCGCAGUCUAUGACCUGGGAGGUGGCACCUUUGACAUCUCUGUCCUGGAGAUCCAGAAGGGUGUGUUUGAGGUGAAGUCCACCAACGGAGACACCUUUUUGGGUGGAGAGGACUUUGACCAGCACCUACUAACCCACAUUGUGAAGGAGUUCAAGCGAGAGUCUGGAGUUGAUCUGACCAAAGACAGCAUGGCUCUGCAGCGAGUGAGGGAGGCAGCUGAGAAAGCCAAAUGUGAACUGUCAUCAUCCCUGCAGACCGACAUUAACCUGCCCUACCUGACCAUGGAUGCCUCUGGCCCCAAGCACUUGAACAUGAAGAUGACCCGCUCCCAGUUUGAGGGCAUCGUGUCUGACCUGAUCCGCAGGACAGUGGCCCCCUGCCAGAAGGCCAUGCAGGAUGCAGAGGUCUCCAAGGGGGACAUCGGCGAGGUGCUUCUGGUCGGUGGUAUGUCUCGGAUGCCCAAGGUCCAGCAGACAGUCCAGGACCUGUUUGGCCGUGCCCCCAGCAAGUCAGUCAACCCAGACGAGGCUGUGGCCAUUGGAGCUGCCAUCCAGGGAGGUGUGCUGGCUGGAGAUGUUACUGAUGUGCUCCUUCUGGAUGUCACGCCCCUGUCUCUUGGUAUUGAGACCCUUGGAGGGGUGUUCACCAAACUUAUCAACAGGAACACAACCAUUCCCACCAAGAAGGGCCAGGUGUUCUCUACAGCAGCUGAUGGCCAGACCCAGGUGGAGAUCAAAGUAUGCCAGGGAGAAAGAGAGAUGGCAGCAGAUAACAAGAUCCUGGGACAGUUCACUCUGGUUGGAAUACCACCUGCCCCACGUGGAGUACCUCAGAUCGAGGUCUGCUUCGACAUUGACGCCAACGGAAUCGUGCACGUGUCUGCCAAAGACAAAGGCACAGGCCGUGAACAGCAGAUUGUUAUCCAGUCCUCCGGUGGCCUCAGCAAGGAUGACAUUGAGAACAUGGUUAAGAAUGCAGAGAAGUACGCCGAGGAGGACAGGAGGCGAAAGGACCGUGUGGAGGCUGUUAACCAGGCCGAGGGCAUCGUCCAUGACACUGAGUCCAAGAUGGAAGAGUUCAAGGAUCAGCUCCCUGCUGAUGAGUGCAACAAACUGAAGGAAGAGAUUACCAAAGUGAGAGACUUGCUGUCACGGAAGGACGAAGAGACUGGCGAGAAUAUCAAACAGGCUGCCACCACCCUCCAGCAGGCAUCACUCAAACUCUUUGAAAUUGCUUACAAGAAGAUGGCAUCAGAGAGGGAAGGCAGCAGCGGCAACAGCUCUGGAUCAUCAUCAUCGUCUGAAGGUGGAGCUGGAGAGAAGAAGGAAGGCCAGCAGUAAAACCUUUGCGAUUGUCAUGGAGACAAUGGGAACAUGAACUGUUGAGCUUGGGAGCGUAGACGUGUUCUGAACGGCGGCUAUUGCCUUCAAGUCAUUCUCACAUACUGUGUUUUUGCAGUAAAAUAUACAGUAUAAUAAUGUAUGUUCUUCCACCCCUUUGUAAUUGUCAAAAACAAUAUAUCCUGUCCAUUUUAAAGACAUUUAUUUGCAUCUGUGUUAAUAGCAAUUAUUUGUUUGUCGUACCGUGAUGCCAUUUGGGUUUAAUUUGUACAUGUAGCUCUGCUUCUUGCCGGUCAACUGACGACUCCAGUGGAAAUGCAAUAAAGAAGCUUGAAUAUUCUCUAGCUUCAUCCUGUUUUAUCAAGUCUAUCUACUCUAUGAAAACAGUUAGAGUAUAUAUGUACAGUGAUAUGAGUAAAACCACAUAGGUAUGGUUAAAGAUGUAUCAUUUUAUUUCUGUUAGACAUUUGAAUCCUUAAAUGCUGAUAUUCCUUUCAGUACAGAGGAGCCCCGAGUUGGCUCAUUCUUCUUGACAUUAUCAUGGGUCUGAACUGGGAGAGACUACUUUGCAUACAAAGAAACAUCUACAUAUGAUACAUGUUUUUACAUUGGUAAUGUGGACUAUACCAAUGAGUGUAAUUGGAUGAGGAUGCACAUUAGUAACAUUCUUAACAAAGUAAGAUGUGUAAGUCAUUCCCCCAGAGAUUUUGUUUUGCCAUAAACUGUUCUGUGUGAAAUGCUGCCAUCAGACAAAGUUGACAGCAGUGGAAGAGGUAAAAAUAAAGUCUGUGGUGGGUUUGUGAGCCUGGAGGUUGUUUGGGGAAUAUAUUUGAGUGAAAAUGUGGGGUCUCAUUUACCGUUGCUCAUUUUUCUAAUAAAAUUCUAAAUUUCAA